AUGGCUACAGAUUUCUGGGCCAGCUCGCAAUACAAGCGAUGGAUCGUAGAUCGGGCCACAUUGAAGCGUGCCCGUACCGAAGACCUGCGAUACGUUGACGAUCCUGACCUGCUUGACUUGCUCAACAUAUUUCUCGCGAAUGUGAUCGCGAAGUUGGGCAAGAGGCUCUCCCUCCGACAGCGCGUUAUAGCCACUGCGACUGUCUUCUUCCGGCGGUUCUACCUCAAGAAUUCGUAUUGCGAGACCGAUCCGUUCAUGGUCAUCGCGGCCUGCUGCUAUGUCGCUGCCAAAGCAGAAGAGUCUCCUGUACACAUUAAAAAUGUCGUCACCGAAGCGAGGCUGCUUUUCGGAGGGGAAGACUAUGGCGGAAUCAAGUCCUUCCCUUCCGAUAACUCCAAACUCGCAGAGAUGGAGUUCUACCUCGUUGACGAUCUCGACUGCGAUCUCAUUGUCUACCAUCCGUAUCGAACCCUUCUGACCCUGUGUGGAAAAGAAAAUAGCUCUUCCGUGGUAGAAGCAGAGGCUGGCGAGCUGGGUGCUGGGAUACAAGACGGUCCUCGGUAUUGGGGCACGGGCGAGGGCAAGCUUGAGCUCCAGGAAACAGCUCUCCAGACAGCCUGGCUUAUCAUCAACGAUACCUAUCGCUCGGACCUGUGUCUGCUACACCCUCCACAUAUGAUAGCGAUUGCCGCUAUAUACCUCACACUCGUCUUCCAUGCCCCAACAUGUGCAUCUAUCCGAAAUCAAUCUCAUGGCAGCUCAAGUAAUCAGUCGCAGCCGCAGUCGCAGUCGCAGCCGCAGCCGCAGCCUCAAAGCUCACAGUCGACACCAGGCAAUCCGCGCCGUUCGUCCCGUUCUUCUUCGAGCCAGCCGAAGAAGCCUUCCCAGGACGUUAUCGGCUUCAUGGCCGGUCUGAACGUCAACAUGGAAGUCAUCGCGAGUAUCGCGCAAGAGAUCAUCUCGUUAUACACGAUGUGGGACCGAUAUAAUGAAGAUGGGCACGACGGCUCCGCUCGUACCGCUUUCAGUACCCAUGCUUCCUCACGAGCAGGUACAAAGCGAUCCUCCGGGGGGACACCCAGGAGUGGAAGUGUUGCAAGUGGAGGUACAGCGACGAGUCGGAGUGGGACGCCGGAUUCCAAUGCACCAGCGGUAGUUACGCCGCAAUACCUCACACAGCUACUCGUGCGAAUGCGAGAGGCGAAGUUGGCGGAUUUGGCGCAUCCAGACAGUGGACGGCCGAUGGCAUAUGACAAGAGAUUGGGGAGGACGCAGAACGCAUGAAGGUGAUGCUAUUUCUUGGAUUACAGUAUUAUAUGGGUAUCCUGUGUCAUACUAGGGAGUUGAUUGAGCUUCGGUGUGCGGGGGAGUUUUGAGAGCGUACCUUUUUACAAGGCUCCUUCGUUUCCUUCAACGGUGUGACUUGGCCUUGCCCUUAACUAAGGUGAAGCCGUCUUCGUCGACCUCUGGCUCAGGUUCCGGCUGCAAGGGAGGUUGAGAAUCAACGAGCAUCGGUGUCUCGCCUUCUUCAUCACUAGUCUCCUCCUCAUCCCCGCUUUCGUUGCCCCAAUCGCUAUUAUCCCCCGCGAUCUCCUCGACCUCAACCUUCUUUCCUUUCAUCUUCUCAGCAUGCUGCUCGAAGUGCUUUACGAGCUCGCCUGUCCCGCUCUGAACCUCCUCCCACAUCUUCACAACAUCUUUCGCUACGGCCUCAGCGCUGCCGUCCUCGAGUGCCGUCUCGAACUCGUCCUCCAUGAUCUGCAGAAGCUGCAUCUCGACGUAGGGCACGUCUGGCUUCGGAUCCUCCUCGUCAAAAGCAUCAACAAUAACCGAGGCAAUCCAGGUGCGCUUCUCAGCGGAUUCGGGACCACCCCAGCCUUGUUCGACCGCAAUGCGAAGGGCAGGCCAGAUAGCCAAGCGGGCAAUUACGCCGCGUGCGAAGAGGACCGAGGCGGGCGCGGGUGCGGAUGUCGCCGUAGACAUAUCACAAGUGUGGGAGAACGGCAGUGAGAGAUGGAACUGUCGAUAUUUUUUGUGUGAAAGCGAGCGAAUAUUCGGGGGACUCGAG